CUGAAACUUUGGCAUCGAGGAAACGUCGUCUCAAAACGUUAGCUAGACCUAAUGCAACUUUAAUUUGAGUAUUUUUGCAACAAAAGUAACUGAAAUACAGGGUAAAGUUCAGUCUUCAGUCUGGUUUAACAGGAAACAAUUAGCUGUAUAUUUGCUGGCGGCAGCACACAUCACAAAGGGUCGUGUCGUGGUUUGUGGAGGAGCUAAGAUGAUGUUUGAAAAGCUCAGUUUUGCUUGUGAUAGACUCCUAUCACAUCGGCAGCUCGCAUGUUGUAACUCAUAUUGUGGCAUCCCACUGCAUGGGAAAGACAUGUUGAUUUACAGUAAUGUAGAUAUCCAGCAGAAGCCCCUGCUGCUGACUGGCCACCAUGGAGAGAUCAGUGCCAUGACUUUUGGAAAAGGAAGCAGACCUGUUCUCCUCUGCACUGCCUCUGCUGAUUAUAUCAUUGUAUGGGAUAUUGAUCUGUGCCAGAAGAGAGCGAUGGAGGGUAAAGUUGCAGCUGGAAUAGUUAUCGGGACUUUACUGGGUGAAGUUAUCCAUCUGUCCUUCUGUUUCUCUGAUGAACGAGUGGCUGCAUGCUCAGGAGCUACUGUAUAUAUUCUCUGCUCAAAGAGAAAGGAAGUUGUGUCUUCUUUGACUGGCCACCUGGGACCUUUAACAUCAGCAGAGUUUUGUCCCUGGAAUAAAGACAUUCUCAUCACCACAUCAGAGGACCGCACUUUUAAGGUGUGGGAUUUAAAAACUGGAGGUGUAUGCUACCACUCCUUUGUGCUUUCAGCCUCUCCACUGCUCAGUGCAUUCUUCUUGGAGGAGACCAGGCACUUCAUCACUGGCUCAGUUGAUGGACAGGUGUGGUGCUUUUCUCUCCACGAUGACCACAAGUGUCACCUGGUGACCAAAAUGGACCUUCAGAAGAUGGAAAAAAGACAUCAAAUGCACCAAGACACUGUGGGCCAUCAAGCAGAGGAUGCAGAUCAAUCAGCUGUAGAUAAAGUGGAGACUGAAAAACCUGUCUUCAAAAUGACUUUUUGUAGCUCACUUACUGACACCAAUAAUGAGCAGAUAAAGGACAACAGCUGGUUAUGUAUUGGAAGCUCAGAUGGCCUGUAUGUGGUGGAUCUGGCUACCUCAGAGCUCCUAACAGCACUAUAUUUCAAAGAUUACCCCAACCUGAGCAUCACAAUGGCUGGGUCGUGGUCAAUCUCUCCAAGACGGGAUAACUCUAUGGUAUUUUUAGUGAGCUCUUUGUUUACUCCUUGCGUGGUGCUGUUGGAGUUACAUCUUCGUGACCUUGGGAGGAUCUGGGCUUGUGGUGAAAGCUUUUCAGUGUUCCCGAGCUCUCCUCUGCUGCUUGAAUCUCCUCUGAAUGCUGAGUUAAAGAAGAAGGAACCCAGUCAUCCUAAAAAGAAAGGAGGAACAAAGGAGCAGCCUCUGGUUUUCCAUUCAAAAGUGAAAUCAUCUGGAUACACCAGUGCCCCACGAAGGAUAAUGUUUUCCCCCAAAACAAAUAUUCAGAAGAGUCAUUCCUCUAAAAAGGCUAACAAAACUACAGGUUUACUCAGAGAUUAUCCAGCAGACAGUGCAGCACCUACUGUUCCACAUGUUCAUCUCAGCGUUGCUAACAAAGCAGUCAACUGCCUUCAGUAUUCAGGUGAUGGAAAACAAAUCCUGUGUGGUCUGGGCGACAGCUCAGUGUUAUUGUACAAGUCCUCCCUUACUGGCAAUCCAGCUGUCUACACAGGUCAUGACAAGCCAGUGAGCAGUGUUAGCUGGAGCCUCAACAGACAGUGGUGGUUGAGUGCAUCAGAAGACCAGUCACUACGAGUCUGGGCUCAUGGCAGCACAGAGCCUGCCAUUAUCAUGGGUGACAGUUUGUUCUCCAAACCCAUAAGAGGUGCUCAGUUUUACUACCUCGACAAAUUUCUGCUUUUUGCAUCUGGACCCUCCCUGUACUUGUACCUGUAUAAUGUGGACAUCACACGCGAUGACAUCAAGAGAUAUCAGCAGCGGAGUGUCGUCAAAUUGGCGAGGUGCCUUACAACAACAUCACCAACCGACAUCACUGCCUUGUCUGCAGUCAAUGAUUUCUUCUCUUACAUUGUCCUGCUGUGUGGUUCAGAUCGAUCCAUUCAAGUGUUUGACAUGAACAAAAGUACAGUGUCCUCAGAGCUGCCUGAUGCCCACAGCAGAGCUGUCCACUGCAUUACACAGAACAAGGGCUCGAUGUUCAGCACACAGGCACCGGAGUCAUACAACCUCUUCCUCACCAGUGCAGUCACAGACGGUGUAAAGAUUUGGGAUCUCCGUACCCUUAGGUGUGUACGGCGUUAUGAGAACCAUCUAAAUCGCUGCCAUCCAUGCUCUUCAGCCAUCUCACCAUGUGGCCGGUUCAUUGCCUCGGGAUCUGAGGAUAACUGUGCCUAUGUGUAUGACAUCCGUAGCAGCAGUUACCUCCACAAACUUCAAAAACAGUCGGACACAGUGCUCAGUGUGACGUUCAACCCUGCCACACCAGAGCUGCUGACUGGGACCCUGGAUGGGAAGCUGAGACUGUUUGAGUCCAGCAGUGGGGCCCGUCUGUCUCAGGACACCAGUGCUGCUGUGCAUAGCGUCCUCAGCAUGACUGGGUAAUUACAGCAGGCUGCUGCAAAGACCAUGCAGGUUUUGUUAAAGCAGUUCCAACCCCCUGGCUAGGAUUUCACUUAGAAAGAAGAACACAAGGGUUUGUUUCUUGCUGUUAAAUGAAGAUCAAAAUUAGGUACGAGUUGAAAAAGUUGUAUAUGCUUCCACUUCUUUGCUUCCAUUUGUCAAAAGGAGCCACCCAUUUCAGCUCACUCAUCCUCCUGGAUGUCCAUCAUUAGACCACUUUUCUUUUGACUGGGAUCCAAAGGGUUGUCAGUGGUUUGAUUGAGUAUCUUUCAUCAGGUUCAUUUAACCACAUUAUCUUAAUGCAACAUUUACUUAAUUGCAAAUAAUCACAGCUAACUUUGUGGAAAACAAUUCUAUUAGCAGUUAUUCUCAUCCGUUCAUGCACAUACUGCGUGUUCAGGAUUCAGAUUUUGUUCUCUUACUGUAUGUGGAACAGAUGUAGACCUCUAUAUUACUGGCUGUGACCACUACUUAGCAGAUCAGCACACAAAGCAAUGACAUCAACUGGGUGCAACCACUUUGGCUGCCAGAGACACAGAUGCCACUACUGUUCAUACAGACACACCCGUCCACAUUGUUUGUGCUCUAUAGUUACUCUUCCCUGCCCCAGUCACAAUAAAAUGUCAGUUACACUGAACAGUAAUAGAAGAGAACAAAAGUACAGGACUCUGACUUUGUGAAAUGACAAAUUUACUGUAAAAGUGCAAAACUGUUACAUCCUGCUUAAAUGCAUGUAGUGUGUACUUCACAGUUCUACUUUAGGACCACUUCUGUUUUCUAUUUUUUUACUGAUCUCAUUAAUUCUUUCUGAUUGUCGCGUUUAAUUGUAUGCCAAAAACGUCAUUAUAUAUACACGUGGAAAACUUAAUUUAUCACAAAUUCAAGAAGCUUUGUGAUCUGACUUUAACAGUUUACAAACUUAGUUGUCAGCUAACAAACUCAAUAAAACAAAGUCUUACACAAUGGUCUUUGUUAUGAGACAGAACCACAAUUCCAAAUUGUCCAAAAUCCAGCUUUCUGGUUUUAGUUCAUAACAACAGUCAAUCUCUCCAGAAACUUGAUCAAAUUAAAUAUGUGGAUUUAUGGAUCAACUCUGGAAACUUCACAUUGAUAAUAUAAUAAAGACAGUUAAUUAUGGUAUUUGUGUUGUCAUUCCAGGCAUUGUUUCAAAUUUAAAGUCAGACAGAGAUUUACUUCACAACUUACAUUAUUGAUACUGACAUCAUUCACCAAAAUUCUCUUAAAACCGAACUCUCAUUGUCGUCUAUAAUAGUUUCAGAAGAUUUGUACAAGGAUGAACUGUUAUUCUUUUGUUUGUUUCUUCCUCUACUUUACCACAAUGCUUGAUGCACUCUAAUUUAUGAGCUUAUUUUCAAAUGCACUCAUUUUAAUGAUUGUUUGAAACAAUGCUUCAUCCCCUUUACUUCAAAUUACUCACUCCUUUGUCUCCUAUGAAAUCGAUUUGAAAAAACUUUUGUGUUGGGCUCUUUCUGAGUGGAAUCAUUCACCUGCACAUAUUCUUUCUCUUCAUGUGGCGAAUUUCAAUGUGUAAGUGUUUGGAAAACAAAUUGCAUUUGUUUUCAAUAAUGCUCUCAUGGGAUGAUGCAUCUCAGUGGAUUUAUCCUGAUAUAAUAGAUUUAACUGUUAUAAUACAAUAAAUUCACAGUCAUAGUUUCUGGAGACCCCUGGAGACUCUAUUAAUCUUAUUGUCUCAGUUUCAUAAGUGUAAUACCAAAGUUAAAAAAUAGUUAAAAGUUCCUGGGGAGUUUUCACUGGCAGAUACUUUCUUGAGAUUGGGUCAUAAUUCUCUUUUUUUUUCUUUACCAGAAAAACUCUUAUUAUCACCUACUGUGCUGCCUUUAUCACUGCCGACAUGUUAUAGGCCACAGCUAAGUCUUCAGAAAGGCUGUAGGAAAACUCACCCUAUCUGGAAUGGAAUGAAAUUUCAAGCGUCGCUCAUUCCUUCCAUUAGGAAAAGAUAUUGUACUUGACGCAUUAUCUGACGGUGACGCUGAUGAUAGAAUGAUAUAUCCUGAUAGGCUGCCUUGUCUUAACUCCCUCAGACGGACGUGAAUUUUCAGGAGACUGCUCAUUUCUGCCUUGUCCUCUGUCCAAUAUUCUGCAUUUAAUUUACUGUGUCUUUUUGGACUGUGUGCUUUAAUUGAUACCAAGACAGACUGCUUGUCAAGAUUGUUCUGUGUGCAGCACCAGCCUCAGCUAGGUCAGAUGAAAUAUAGCUUUUAAGUUACACAAUAUCAGCAGCCAGGUUUCCUAUCACAAAAACUGAUGUUAUACAUUAAAGAAAGCAGGACUAAGGCAGUAUGGGAUUUAUGGGGUGGUACCUAUUCUUUUGUCAUACAUCUUAUUGUGUGCGCGCGUGUGUGUGCUUUUUAUGCCACAAAGAUAGGUAUGUACUGGCAAGGAUGAGUGGGCUCUGUCACGGUGAGCUUUAGUGUUCCUACAAACAGUUGAGACUUUCUACUGGAACAAAACACAAUAAAUUAUCUUUGG